AUGGCUCUUUUACUGGAUACUUUUCUUGCGUUCCACAACACAGCUGGCCAAGUUUCAACCGAAAAGGCCUACAGCGAAGUUGACUCAGCCAAGUUAGACUCGGCGAAUUUAUCAGUUUAUCUCUACAAUGGCUCGUUAAUCCUUUCCUUAUGGUCAACGGAGGCCAAUGCGUUUGGAACAUUCCAACAACACUUCCCCUGCCAAUCAGCAUCUGCAACCUGCGCAGACGGCAGGUGGCAUGACAUCAACGUAUCAUCUGCAUUCUCCUUGCUACAAAUUGAUGUGGACCAGAGUUCGGCUUCCGAACCUCUACCAAAAGCUUUUCAUGGUCUGCGCAUGAAAAUGCUACUCCUUGGUGGUCAUCCGGAAGGAGCUUUCACACCGGGAAUUCCCCGGAACAUCUCCAACUUCACUGGCUGUUUGCAACAUGCCUUCUAUCACAAUGGACCCAACCAAGUCGACUUCCUACACCUACUGAAGGAGCAGGUGGAUGCCGUUCAGGUCUACGGCGUUCGUCUGAAUACUUGCAGUUUAAGUGGCAUGAUAAAUGGCACGGCCACGAGUAAAACCAGGCGCAAUACCAUUGCAAACAGCAUGGUCACAUUCGCCCGACCGGGCGGUUAUUUGCUGCUUCGUGGCUGGAAAACUAUUUCCCGCGGAAGAAUUGCCUUUCGGUUGCGGACGUUCCGCAAAAAUUGCCUUCUGCUCUACUCCUCCUCCACUUGGCCGCUACGGUCCCGCAUAAGCGACCUGGCUGAGAUGAAACGCAAAGCAGGCGCGUUGGGCAGCUUUUUGGAGGUUGUGAACGCAAGCUCCCGCCUAACUGGAACAGACCUCUUCUCCGUGGAAUUACGCGAAGGCUAUUUGGUGCUCCUCCUCAACACCGGUUCUGGAAUAAAUGAAUUUCAAACCGACGCCAUUUGGCGGCAGGCAAAAUCACCAUGGUUUUCGGCUGAUGGCAAGGAACACUCCGUUGAAAUCAAGCUGACUGAUGGGUACAUGCAAGUCACAUUUGAUGGGAUGGAGAAUCAUAUGAAGCUGACCAAAAAGCCGAGAUACACAUACCUGAAUCUAAAUGGUGACCUCUACGUCGGUGGGCUUCCGGAGGAGUUACGACUGUCAAAUAAUGAGUUACCGCCGCAGGUAUGGUCUGCGCAUCUUCGAGAGGACUUCAUAGGCUGCAUCGGCCACCUCGAAAUUGAUGGAGAACCAGCAGAUCUGCACUUGGAGGCCACGGCCACAUGGGCUCGCAAUCACGUGGAACAGGGCUGCAGAUCUCCUAAUGGAGCCUGUGAGGCUGAUAUUUGCGCGCCCGGAGUUUGUGACGAGGGCUGGGCGGAGCCCCUCUGUGAGUGCGUCGACACAAAUCGCGACGGACCCCACUGCAAAGAAGGUAUGGCGCUACCAACUCCUAUGCUUCACCAUAAUCUAUACAACGAGAAUGCGCAAAGGCUUCCGGUUUAA